AUGCUCGCCGAUCAAAUCGUCAAUAGAUGGGUUCUGAAGGUCCCGGCUAGAUCGGCUGCACCAGAGACGGCCCAGGAAGCACAGAGGCAGACCGUCAAGUUUCUUGAGCUUGACCGCCAGGCAGGUGCCCCCAAAGCUCCUACGAAGCAGCCGAAAGCUACGCUCACUCACUACAUCGGCAAUACUGGAUGGAGAUACCAGCCAGAUUCUCGAGGCGCAGAACGCACAAGGGACGAGGAGGUUGAACGGAUUGAACAAGUCCGAAGAAUCUUCGCAGAAGAGGAGGCCAGCCGCGAAGCUGAGGCUGAGCUGAGUCGGAGGCUUGCAAUCCAGAACAAUGGAUUCAGCCGCACCGAUGGCUACCGUGGUCAUGGUGCUGGAGCACUCAAGCCAGCUGGUCGUCGCCUGAACUCCGCAUGA